CCAACACUUUACCGCAAGCAUCCAAAAGUUGACCGGAACCACGUCUCGGUGUCCCGUUUCGAUCAGCUUACGCUAGUCUAGACUCUCCCUGACAGUAAGUGAUAAUUAGUUAUAUUGCUUAUUUCCCCCCUCCUGAUAUUUUGUUGCCUACCACGAUUGCCAUUAUUGUUUAUUUCUUCUCGAAGCCCCUACACCUCCUACACCUCAUACACCUCACUACUACUACCAAUACACCUGCAGCUCGACACUGUCCACGUUACUCAUUGCAUCGCGCAAGCUAUAGGCUCAUCGAUUCCGUCGUAUCGUUAUCUUAAUUUCCUACACAUUCAUCUCAAUGGCUGCUCCUCGAUCAACCUCCCUACGUGCCCUGCGCGCGCUGUCCCAGCUGCACUCUGCGCCUCUGCGCCGUUCCCUCCACAUCACAGGCGCUCAAUCCGCGCAGCCCGCCAACGCAGCGGACAAGACGACACUAUAUGCUACCCGCACUCUUGCAGACCUGAAGGCAGAGUGCCAGAAGAGACGGAUAGGAUCCGCUGGCAGCAAGGACGAGCUUGUUGACCGCCUCAACAACCAUGACAUGCUCCAAUCGCGUGCUUUCAGCAUCGCCAUGAGAAGAAUCGAUGGCAGCGCAUUCAGCGGCACCCGCCAGUUUAACACCUCGCGCGCCAGCAAGGCCGUCCACGAUUCAUCCACCAUUGACUUUGCCUAUAUGCCUUCGAUGGCCGACGUCGACGCAACCCCCUCCGUCAGCGGUCCCCGCAUCCCGACCUUCCCCGAUAACUACGGACACAAGAUCGAGACGCAGACCGACUACGUCUCACCGAUGAAGCCUCAGGUCCACGCGGUCGGCGAGCUGUCGUCGGACUCGGCUGUGAGUGUCAUGAGCGACGUAGUUGACAACCACGCCGUGGACAUCGAUCCCUUCUCGCUGACCGAGGCUGUCGGGAAGUCUCGGGGCAACGCCAUCCGGGCUCAGAACAACGGACAAUCGCAAGAGACUGGCAUCUUACGGGAUCUGUGGAGUGGCAUCGUGGAUGACAUUUUAGGGCCCAAACAAACUAGUCAGCGCAAGUGAGCGGCGACGUGGUGGUUUCCUGUGACGAAUCUCUCUUUUAUUUUUUUCCUCCCGUUCCUAGCGAUAAUGCCAAUUUGUUGAUCCUUGCCCCUUUUGUUUUCCUGUGACCGGUUGCUCCGUUCCACUUGUUUUAUUAUGAGCGUUCUCUCUUUAGCGGGAUAGGAAAUGCAGGAAGCAGUGUAAAGAACCCGUGAGAUUUUCAUUCUGUGGUUGACUACUGCCCUCAGCCGGAUCCAGUUUUGAGGAUCUCAUUUGAAAUUGAAUCUAUUCGAUAUACCAUUUUCACUAUCCUCUUUAAAUCGAAUAUCUACGAAUUAUCCA